AUGAGUGAUGCACUGUGCGGUCCGUCCAACGCGCUGCAGAACUUCCAAAAGCAUACGUCUGUCGACCGAACUCUUCAGCAGGAUCGGUUGACCUCCAGGCAGCCGUCAGCUCAGGGGUUCCGAUCGCAAAGCCCUCGAGAUGGCAUAUUAGACCCGGAAUUCGCGGCAUUUGAAUCCAACCUCGGAGGACCAGCACUGCCCGACUUACAGCAUCCUGCUCAUUUUGGUGGCCCGGCACAUGCGCACGCUGCCCACAACGCAAGUAGUGGCUGGGCGUCAGACUUCCAGAAUUUACACAUUUCCGGGCCACCAGCGCCACAAUUACAAAGACCGAAUGUCGCUUCAGUCCAUGGAGGGUGGCAGAAUGAAUUUAUGAGCCAACAGCAGCCGGCAACUGCUUAUCAUAUGCAAGCCCAACCAGCAACGAAUCGUGUAUUUCAGCCUGCCUUUGCUCCCAGCUACCCAAUGUAUAAUGCUCCGAUGGAUGCACACCAAGUCCCACAGCAAGCACAUGCAGAGCCCUCUGCAUCUACGCAGCAGUUUGAUGAGUCUGCUUUUGAAGCGGCGUUUGAGCAGGCUCGCGCCGAUAUGGAGCUUCAGAGUGUCGAGACUCCGGAAAACGAACAACAAUUACAUGAUUCUAAUCUGGCUGAGGUGAUCGAACCUACUCAUGAAGAACUUCGGAUUGGAUCCGAUACUAUUGCCCAGUCCGACGAGCAAGACUUACAGUCGCAAAUCCACGAUGCUGAUGCUCUCGCUCAGACGGCCGGCCAGCUUCUCGAUAGCGUUCGCCACGAGCAAAAUGAAAAGUUCCAACAAAGCAACUUCCUCGCACUGAUGCGCCGAAUUCGUGAUCGGGAAGUGGAGGUGAAUGGGGACGAAUUUCGCGAAACAACACAAUCACUUCAUCCACUUCAUCCUGGCGGGCCAUACUACCCGGGACCACCCUAUCCUGGGCAUUCCGCUGCACCGGUCGACAGCCAGGAAUAUACGCCAGAGAUCGACCAAGACGUUCUAGCAGAGGAAGAGUCGCCACGCCUGGGAACUAACCCAUACGGUCCGGGAGACAGCAAUGAACACUACGAAGGCUGGUACCACAGUCAGCGGCUGGUGGAUCGAAGGCGCCCGACCUUUUGUUUCCGUGGUGAAGAUCAAAUUUGGUGA